UGCCAUGUUGUCACGUGAAGUUGUUUAUAGUAGGUAGUUGUGCUUGUUGUUUCCGGAUUGUCUGUCUGGUCUGGACAAAAUUUUGUCAGGAUGUCCAAGAUGUUCAGCAAAAUCAUAUCUUCGAAGGUUCUUUUUACUACAGUAUUGUUUUUAAUAUUGCGACUUGCUAGAGGUCUGCCUAAAGGUGGUAAUUCUGAUGACGGAACAAUUCCUGACGAGAAAUGGGGAUAUGUUACUGUGAGGGCUAGUGCACACAUGUUUUGGUGGUUGUAUGGAGGGCAAAGCAAUGCCACUCCAAGGACAAGCCUUCCACUCAUAAUUUGGCUUCAAGGUGGCCCUGGUGGUUCUGGAACUGGGUUCGGAAAUUUUAAAGAGAUUGGCCCGAUUGAUGAUAAAUUGCAGAAACGAAACACGUCUUGGGUACAAGUCGCGAAUUUGCUGUUUAUUGACAACCCCGUUGGUACAGGGUUCAGUUACGUUGAUGAUAUGAAUGCCCUCACAACUAACAUCUCACAAAUUGCAGAAGACCUGUUAACCCUCAUGAAAAGUUUUGUAGCAGCAUUGCCUAUAUUUGAGAAAUUGCCAAUAUAUAUCUUCUCUGAAUCGUAUGGGGGCAAGAUGACUGCUGCUUUUGGAGCAAGACUUCAUGAUGCCAUUGCGAGUGGUGAAAUUAAAUGCACGUUGGGGGGCGUUGCACUAGGGGACUCUUGGAUAUCUCCAGUUGAUUCUGUGGUAACAUGGGGACCCUAUCUUUAUCAAUAUAAUCUUCUUGAUCAAAAAGAUUUGACCAGCGUCAUGCAGGUAGCAGCAGAGACCAUAAAGGCUGUAGAAGCUGGUGAAUACCUAGAGGCCACAGCUCUAUGGGCCAGAACAGAGGAUGUUAUUGAUGCUGUUACAGACAGUGUCAACGUUUACAAUGUCCUACAGCACCAUGCUCCAUCGCCAAUGACUCUUAUGAAAAUUAAGGAUGAUACCCCAUUAGGGAGGCUGUAUGGAAAACAUGUACAAGUUUAUCAGUUGGAAUCACUCUCAGAUUUCAUGAAUACCUAUAUCAGGAAAAAGCUUGGAAUUAUCCCACAAAAUGUAAUAUGGGGUGGACAAUCAAGUCUUGUCUUUAAGUACCAGUCAAGAGAAUUUAUGAAGCCUGUUACAAAGGAGGUUAGUAAGCUUCUUUCUGCAGGUGUCACUGUUGUUGUUUUUCAGGGACAAUUGGAUAUGAUUUGUGACACGGCAGGAGCAGAACUUUGGCUGAAGAAAUUGACUUGGUCAAAAAUGCCCAUGUAUUUCAAUGCAAACCGUAAACCAAUAUAUUUACCAGGAGACACAUCAAAGAACACUGCUGCAUUUCUCAAACAGUAUCAAAAUUUGAAAAUGUAUUAUAUUAUGAAAGCUGGACACAUGGUCCCAGCUGAUGCAGGAGAUAUGGCUUUGGAAAUGGUAAAACAAGUUAUCCAUACCCAAGACUAGUAGCUAGAAAAUAAAUUCAGAAAUUUAGCUUCCAGUUUAAUGUUUUGAUGUCAAUUUAUAAUUUCUUAAAAUUCAUUACUGCUUAGAAAAAUUGAA